GACAAAACUGCGUGGAGUGUUUUUCAGAAAUCGUAAUACAACAGUUUGACGUCCAAAAACUCAAACACAAGAUUCUGUGAUGGCCGCUGUGAGCUGUACUCUCUCUGAGGAUCAGUUCCUGUGCUCCAUCUGCCUGGAGGUCUUCACUGAUCCAGUCACUACACCGUGUGGACACAGCUUCUGCAGAGUCUGCAUCAACAAACACUGGGACAGCAGCCACCGAUACAGCUGCCCAAUCUGUCAACAGGACUUCAGCUCAAGACCCCAGAUGAAAGUCAACACUUUUAUUGCAGAAAUGGUCUCUCAGUUCAAUAAUAAGCCUGAAGAUAAAGAAACUGUGAGCUCCAAACCCCAGUCCUCUGCUCCAGGAGAGGUGAGCUGUGACCUGUGUCCAGAGCCCAGACUCACAGCCCUGAAGUCCUGCCUGGUGUGUCUGGCCUCGUACUGUCAGAUCCACCUGCAGCCCCACCUCACAAACCCCCGUCUGAAGAGGCACCAGCUGAUCCAACCUCUGCCCAACCUGGAGGAGCGCAUCUGCCCUGAGCACGACCGACCUCUGGAGCUCUUCUGUAGGGAACACUCACACUUCAUAUGUCUGCUCUGUAUGUCUGAAGACCACAAAGACCAUCAGACAGUCCUCCUGAAGGAGGAGGGUGAGGAGCACCAGGCCACGCUGAAGAAUCAGAUUAAAGAAAGACAUCAGAAAAUCAAGGAGAUCCGGCGCUCAGUGGAGCUCAGUCAGAGAAACGCAGACACAGAAAUACAAGAAGGUCUCAGAGUCUACAACGCUUUGAUGGAGUGUGUUCAACAAAGUCUGGACAAGUUCAAACGGAGCAUUGUAAAUAAGCACAAGAAGAAGAAGAAGAAGGCAGCUCAGCUGAUAAAGCAGAUCCAGACAGAGAUCUCUGUGUUGGAGCAGAGAGGAGCUGAGAUGGAGCAGCUCUGGAGCUCUGGAGACCACCUGCACUUUGUACAAACCUUCACUUCAGUCAAACCUGCUCCACAGCUCAAUGACUGGACCAAGGAGACUGUGAGGGUCCCAUCGUACAAGGGGAGAGUGGGCCAGGCUGUGUCUGAGCUGAAGAAGACACUUAAUACAGAGAUGAAGAAGUUCUUUAAAUAUGAAAUAGAAAAAGUACAAGGGUUUGCAGUAAAGGUGUCUCUAGACCCAGACACAGGGCAUCCAAACUUAGUUCUGUCUAAAAAUCUCAAACAGGUUCAUUACAGUAAUCUAAAAAUAUAUCUCCCAGAUAAUCCUGAGAGAUUUUCUUAUUGGUUGUGUGUAUUAGGGAAAGAAAAGUUCUCAUCAGGAAAGUUUUAUUUUGAGGUCCAGGUCAAAAGAAAGACUAAAUGGGAAUUAGGAGUGGCCAAAGAGUCAGUGGACAGAAAAGAAGAAGACAAUCAGACUGUACAGAGAGGAUACUGGACACUCUAUAUGGUCAGUGAUGAGUAUAAAACAUCAGACGAACCUCCUGUAGUUUUCCCUGUGAGUUCCUCUCCAGAGAAGGUGGGAGUGUUUGUGGAUUAUGAUGAAGGUCUGGUCUCCUUCUAUGAUGUGAAUGAAGAAUCUCUUAUUUACUCUUUCACUGGCUGUGGUUUCACUGAGAACAUUCUGCCACUGUUCAAUCCAUGUAACUAUGAUGAUGGUAAAAACAUUUCUCCUCUGGUCCUUUCUCCCAUUAACAGCUCUAGUAGUAGUAGUAGUAGUAGUAGUAGUAGUAGUAGUAGUAGUAGUAGUAGUAGUAGUAGUAGU